AUGACCCUCAGCACCACGGCAGCCACCAGCGUGGCCCAGGCUUUCUUCUGCCUCCUGCUCUGCAUCCCCUGGGCCGGCUCCUGCCCCCCCAGCUGCCAGUGCACGCAGCGGGCCGGGGCCAAGGCUGUCCUCUGCAGCUCCCAGCACCUGGAGGAGAUCCCCAAGGACAUCCCCAGAGAUGUGGUGUUCCUCAAGCUGGAUGCCAACAGCAUAACCAGGAUCCCCAGCAAUGCCUUCAGGCACCUCUCCCACCUGGAGGAAAUCGACCUCUCCAGGAAUGCCAUCGAGAAGAUCGACGGGGCAGCUUUCCGAGGGGUGGCGGCUGGGCUGCGGAGCCUCGACCUCUCCGGCAACCGCAUCCGCAGCAUUCCCAAGGAGGCCCUGCUGGCGCUCAAGGCCAGGCUCCGGCUGGCCAACAACCCUUGGCACUGCGAGUGCGCCUUGCAGGAGGUGCUGUGGGAGGCGCGGCUGGACCUGGACUCGGCGCGGGACAUCACCUGCCACACGGCCCCGCGCCAGGAGUACGUGGGCAAGCCGCUGCUGCAGGUCCUGGAUGCCGGUGCCAACCUGUGCGGCGCGCGGCGGAGGAGCGCGGACGUGGCCGCGUUCGUCGCCAUGUUCGGCUGGUUCGCCAUGGUCAUCGGCUACGUCCUCUGCUACGUGCGGCACAACCGGGAGGGCUCCUGUGGGCACGGGGACCGCCCGAGCUCGCUGCCCAGCGCCCCGGCUCCUGCGGGCACCUCCAGCACCGCCCUGUAGUGCAGGGAUGGCUGCCAGCCUCAGCCUUCUUCCCGAGGAGCCGCUGGCCACCCGGUGGGCAUCAAAGCUUCCCGGCGGGAUUCUCCAGUGCUUUCUGCAGCCAAGUGCCACCAAUCUCCCCUCCCCGGUGAUGCUGGACUGAGUGUGUGAGCAAACGACGUGCGGGAGGGAUGCCAGGGACACCCCAUGCGGGCCUGUCCAUGGUGACGGGGUCCUGGGGACAAACAGCCCCAGCCAGACCCUUUUUCCCUACCAGAGCUGGGCUCACAGGGAACACAGCCCCACUCACAUGCUUGUGGCUGGGGAGAGAUGGGCUGUGGGACAAGUGGGUGCAGUGGGUCACUGCAGAGGGGUCACCCCGUCUUGGCUCCAGUGGGGCAUCAGCCUUGCCAAGGGCAGGACAUCCUCCCCAAGGCCCUCGGUACCUUGGCAGCCUCUGCCUGCCUCCAGCAAUGCAGGGGAAACGCCAAAACCUUUGUUUCUUCAAUAAAGGCCUGCACUUAGGAAAA